AUGGGCUGCGUUUCAUCCAAACUGUUCAAGAAAGAUCUCAUCAAAGAAGACGUCAUAAUCAACAAUGGCGGCGACUACGUGAUCAACCACGUGGUCUCUCUUACUUCAAGCACUUAUGGGGUUCUGAAUUUGGAAAAUGAGCGACCCAUCAAAGACUGCGUUGCAGAGAGCAAGAGGGCCAUGAAGUCUUCGCCUUCCCGUGAAGAUCCAGAGGUUAUCAACGCUUGGGAACUUAUGGAGGGCCUUGAAGAAGCAAUACCCAUUUCGAAUUCGGCAAAGAAGAGCCCGAAAUCGCGUGCUCUGCUUCGUGGGUUUGCUGAUUUUGAUGCUAGGACUCCGUUUAAGUUGCUGAAUCAGAUUGGGUCUCCGAUGAAAUCGAAGAGAUUUGGAGGGAAAGAGAACAGAGGGAGAGUGAUUCAUGGGUUGGGUUAUAGCCCGAAACAGGUCCUGAAACCGAACAAUGGCGGCGAGAAUUCUUGUAAGAAGGCGUUGAAUUUGAGUCCGGAAGUAAAAGGGUCUCCUAUUUCGGCGAUAAGGAGGAGUUUUGGCUGUGAUUCGGCGAGGAGGAAGAGUUUUAGUCCCCUGUUUGAUCCGGAACUUGUUGCUUCUUACGAAAAGAAAUGUCUGAAGAGGAAGAACAGAUCAAGAGGAUGGUCCCGCCGUCCCCAAAAGCCCGAAAGUUGA